CACCAAACAAGAACCGCCAGAAACGGUUGAGUUUUAAAUUUAAAUAAGGAAUAAUGGUGAAGUGGGCAUGGAAUUAUUUUUACGGAAAUUCAGUAUGUAAAACAAAUGGCAAGACACACUGCACAUUAUCAUAUUAUCAAAUAUUCCGCUACGCGACCUGGCUGGAGUGGUGCUGCACGGCGCUGGGCGUGCUACUCGGGUUCCUCAGCGCCAGCGGUCUCUGCGUCCACCAGCUGCUCACCGGUGACGUCAUCACGGCCAUGGUGCAGAGGACUUCCAGACAGAAUACCACGUCCAGCCCGAUGGCGUUUCUGCAGCUGUUCGGCGGGGGGAGGGUGCUUACAAAUGCUUCAAAUGAAGAGAAUAUGAAUGCUUUAGUAGAGGACGGGCUGGCUUGGCUCGCCGCCGCCACCACAUUUACAGUAUUAUCAAUUAUAUUCUGUUUCGCCUCGGUUUUUCUGGUCAAUUGGAGUGCAGCUCAACAGGUCAAAAGGAUCAGGUUAUUAUUCCUGAAAGCUGUUCUUCGACAAGACAUGGCGUGGUAUGAUACGGAUGUGAGCUUCAACUUUGCUUCUAGGAUGUCUGAAGACCUAGUGAACCUCAGCAGCGGAAUGGGCGAGAAGCUGGCCAUAGCCUCCAACCUGCUCGGCAGUGCGUUCGCUUGCAUCAUCAUGUCCAUAGUGCUGAACUGGCGGGCUGCGCUGGCGGGGCUGUGUGUCGCGCCGCUGACUUGUGCUGCUGUCGUUAUGUUCUUGAGCUAUCAAACGAAGUUUUCCAUGCUACAAAUGGACGCUAUGAGUAAAGCUGGUAAACACGUGGAAGAGGUGCUGAGGUCUGUGAGAACUGUCGUGGCAUUUGAGGGAGAAACCGACGAAAUUAAUAGAUAUAAAAAUCUCCUAGAAGUGGCAAAGAAAUAUGGCUACCGGCGCGCUCUUUACAGGGGUUUAGGGGCCGGCUUCAACUUCCUGCUCAUAUACAUAGCAGUUGCCAUAGUCCUAGCAUAUGGAGUACAUCUGCUGAUGGAAGAAUUUUAUUUACCAUUGGAUCAACGGAAAUAUACUUUAGGACGCCUUUACAGUAUAAUGCAAUGUUUUAAUUUAGGAUUGAAAAGUGUCGCCUAUUAUAUACCACAUGCAGAGACGUUCGCUACGGCGAAGGGGGCCGCAGCCAAUAUAUUUAAAAUACUAGAUCUAAAUCCACAAAUUGAUGGUUUGAGUAAAAGUGGACUAGCACCUAGACAUGUUAAAGGUGAAAUUUCCUUGGAAAAUGUGACUUUCAGCUACCCUUCACGGCCCGAGAUGAAGGUGUUGAAGGAUUUCUCUUUGACUGUGAGAGCUGGUGAAACCGUAGCCCUGGUGGGUGCCUCCGGUUGCGGCAAGUCCACCAUCCUGCAGCUGAUACAGAGGCUCUACGAUGCUCAGUCAGGAGCUGUGAAAGUCGACGGCAACUGUGUCAAGACGCUGAAUCUGGGAUGGUUACGGUCUUCUUUAGGUAUAGUGGGACAAGAACCAGUACUGUUCCGCGGUUCGAUUUUCGACAACAUCAUGAUCGUGUCUCCGGAGGCCUCGCGGGAACAAGUUGAGAGAGUCGCCAAAAUCGCCUUCGCCCAUGAGUUUAUCAUCAACCUGCCAAAUGGAUACGACACGUUGAUCGGCGAGCGUGGUCUAUCCCUCUCGGGGGGUCAGAAGCAGAGGAUCGCCAUCGCCCGCGCCCUGCUCCGAGACCCAGCCAUCCUGCUGCUGGAUGAGGCCACCUCGGCCCUGGACCCGAGGUCAGAGGUCAAGGUCCAAGAGGCUCUGGAUCGAGCCAGUGAGAACCGGACCACGGUUAUCGUUUCGCACAGAUUAUCAACAAUAGUAAAUGCUGACCGCAUUGUUUGUAUGGAUAAAGGGGCAAUUGUUGAAAUGGGCACUCACGAUGAACUUAUUUCUCUGAAAGGUCACUAUUGGAAACUAGUUAUGACAGAAAAAAGUAAAACCGAGCCUGAUAUAAUAGGACAUGUAGGUGAUGCCGAAAAAAGUGAAUUUGAUUUGACACUCUCAUCGGAAGAACAAAACACAAACGUUGUUAGAAGAUUACAUAAAAAAUGUGGCUCAGAAGACAGUAAAUCAAUGGAUUUAUUGCAUAUGAAGGUUUUAAAUGAAGACAAUGAAAGAAAUGACCAAAAAGAGGAAGUGAAAUCAUUGAGUACCAUCGAAUUGUUGAAACUGAACAGAAAAGAGUGGUACCUACUGGUCAUCGGUAUCGGUUCUGCUGUCAUCCAGGGAUGGGUGCAUUCCUUGACUGCGAUUGUAUUAUCCUAUGCAGUAGAGUCUUUUACCAAAAACGAUCGCGACGAGAUAAUCUCAAAUUGUACAUUUUACGCUAUCAUGUUCGUAGCGAUCGGUGUAAUGGCUUUACUCACAAACGUCAUUCAAACGUUUUCCUUGCCGAGAUCUAGCAGCAGAAUGUGCACAAGACUGAGAUUGCAAUUAUUUGGGAGCUUCCUAAAACAGGAUAUGAGUUUUUACGAUCAAAAAUCAAAUUCUAUUGGAUCUCUCACGACGAAGUUGAGCCGCGAUAUGGGAGAAGUCUCCAAUGUCACUGGCCUCAUGCUGGGCUCCAUCGCGGAUGGCCUCAGUGCCACCGCAUUCGGCCUCCUGAUUGGUCUGAUCUUCUCAUGGAAGGUGGCGUUGAUUGGUGCUACAUUUGUACCCAUUGUGAUUUUCUGCAUAAAACUGGAAACUAUGGCACGGAAAAAUUCAGCAGCUUUGGAAAGGUCUUCCAUGGAAACUGCUAAUGCCAUAGCCUCUGAGGCUGUCGGCAGCAUCAGAACUGUACAGAGUUUAGCGAUAGAAAAAGUAUUUCUUGACAAAGUAGAGAAAUGUUCCGAUGAGUCCAUCAGGGCCUCGCUGGCUGGUACUCGAUGGAGGGGCUUGGUCUUCGGCAUUGGACAAUACGCUCCCUACGUGUGCUACAUGCUCUGUGUCAUGGUGGGCAUUUUCCUGAUCAAAAAUGACGGCGAAUAUUUCAUUAAUGUUUUGAUAGCAGUACGAUCAAUAAUCGGCAGCACAGCGAUUCUGUCGCACGCCAUGGUGUUCCUGCCUCAGUUCAACUCCGCCAAGGGCUCGUGCGCGAGGGUAUUGUCUCUCAUCCGUCAAGAGCCUAAAGUGCGGACUGAAGACGGAGUGGUGGAUCCAGAUGAUUGGAAUGCCACCGGUGAAUUCAAGCUGUCAAACGUAGGGUUCAGCUACCCCAGCCGGCCCCACGAGCCCGUGCUGUCAGGGUUCAAUCUGAAGGUGGAAGCUGGCAAGACGGUGGCCCUAGUCGGACCCUCGGGCUGCGGCAAGUCCACGGUGCUGCAGCUGUUGCAACGGUUCUACGAUCCUGACUCCGGAGUUAUUGAACUAGACUCCCUGAACACCCGCUCCCAGCUGUCGCUCCCGCGCCUGCGCAGACAGCUGGGCGUGGUGCAACAGGAGCCGGUGCUGUUCGACCGGACCCUGGCAGAGAACAUCAGCUACGGAGACCACGCCCGAGCAGUCUCCAUGCAAGAUGUGGUCGAGGCGGCGAAGGCUGCCAAUAUUCAUAGCUUCAUCACUUCUUUGCCAAAGGGUUACGACACGCCACUUGGCUCUUCAGGAGCUCAGCUGUCAGGAGGGCAGAAGCAAAGAGUCUGCAUCGCACGAGCCCUGAUCCGCUCCCCUCGCCUUCUGCUCCUGGAUGAGGCCACGUCAGCGCUGGACGCCAGCAGCGAGCAAGCAGUAUCGGAUGCCCUCGAUGCGGCAGCAGUGGGCAGGACGUGCGUCACCAUAGCGCAUCGACUGACGACCGUACAGAAUGCCGACGUCAUUUGCGUUGUUGAUGAACAUAAAAUAGUGGAAAAAGGAUCACACGCUGAACUGAUGCAGUUGCAAGGACGGUACUGGAAAAUGACAGGCGGACACAAGAAGAAGUCACCAUCUCAACCGCAAUCAGAUGAAUUUCAAAAAGAAUAAGCGAUAUUUAUAAAUAUACAUCACUCGUGUAUUCAACAUAAUAUAAGUAAUUAAGUACCAAUACAAUCAUUAAAAUCUCA